AUGAACACUACAUCUAGCGAGCUAAUCGCUCUCAAGUCCCCAAUGACCAAAAACGCCAGCCUAGUCUUCUUCCUCCAUACAGCCGCCAAGAUCAUCAUCCUCCUCGCCAUCGUGGAUGUCCUGAGAGUGCUCAUCCGCCAGGCGCAGGUGUACCUUGAUCAACAUGGACGCGAGCACAACGAGAUCCACGGCCCGCAGAGAGUUCGUCUCGUCCGCCGCCGCCGCCGCUUCGACGAUGAUGUUCUUGGAUUUCCUUUCUAG